AUGCCAUCCCGCUUCGCUAUCCUACCCUCAGAUAUCAUUCAGUACCUCUCCCUGUCUCUCAAUGACACUUCUACGAUCACGCCAGAGUUUCACAACAGCACUCACGAACCUCUGCAAAUUCUACGGUUGCCACAUCCACGAACAGGUCUUCCAUCUUUAUUCCUGCCUCUCGAACAUCUGCAGUCACGUUCAAGUGUCGACUUUUCAGACGCUGGUGUCUUGGAAAUACAAGCGGUAUGCCCGCCAGAUGAGAGAUCAUGGAUAGUUGGAGAGGAAGUGGUAGCGGAUGGCAAAAUGUUGACCAUGAUACCCAUUGACCCGGCCUUCCUGUUGCUGCCUAUUUUACAAACAACACAGCCUUUGGAUGGCUCUUCUGUUCAAUUCAGAACCUUGGACGAUCUCUUUGAAGAGGGAACGAAAAAAUUCGAAACUUCUCUCCAAGAGCGAGGGAAAACCACAGCGCCUCGGACUCAAGAUAUCCACAGACUCUGCUCCCUUGAGUGUACACGAAAAGCUCUUUCGCGACUUUGUGAAGUCAAAGAAAUCUCCCCUGAAAUUAUUGUAUAUCGAUAUUCGCCCGCCAAGUUCCUUAAAUACUUGCGUGCAAAGGUUGCAUAUCUCGAGUCAAGUGUGGUUCUAGAUAAAUCGCAAACUGUGAUAAGAAACCUCGCCAAGGAGGGCCUAAUGGAUGAUGGGCGAGAAGAUCUUUUGCGCCUUGGACGCACUCAAGCUUGUUGCGAUUUGCUUUCCCAAUACCUUCCGCCAGAGACAUAUGCCACCCUUCUUGCUUCAUACGAUUUCUCUUCUCUUCAAAAGCUUAUACAAGCCAACCGGGACGAAGCACUCACUGCUGCUGCAGUUGCUGCUCCUCCAGCAAAGGGAAAGGGCUCCAAAGUGGACAUAAAAGUUGCGACAGCUACUAAUGGCAAGAAACGAAAGGCAACGAAGGCGUCUCAAGGAGUAGAAAAACUGAAGAGAGUCAAUACCACUGGCAUGGCAAAGCUAUCUAGUUUUUUUGCUAAAUCAUAG